GUAUGUGUUUGGUUUCACUUAUAAAAUCGAUUGAUGCUUCCAAUUUCUGAUCAUCUUUGCACGAGAUUUGACGAUUUGGGUGUGUAUGCAUAUUGUAUUGUUACUCUGAUUCGGCAAUAAAAUUCUAAGCUUAAUGCAAUUUCGGCAAGUGGUGGUGUUGAGGGCGUCUUCAAUUGAUUCAUACUAUGUUUAAGCUGGCAAAGAAGUUGAGAUGAGCAUGGAGGAGUCGGCCAAAAAGACCUCUCGCCCUCAACUGGUGAAGUUAGACAAGGCACUGAAAUUGGCUGAAAAAUGGGUUAAUAAUAUGACUAAAUCCACGGAAGACAAAUCAACGGAAGUACAAUUAGAGGCUCGACCUGCUAGGCUUGGAUUAGGUGCAACAGUUCCACGGCAAUCCAAGGUUGUUGGGCCUUUAAAUGAUCCUGUGGAAAGGAAAUUGCAUGCUAAAUUAGAUGUUGGAAAAAGAAAAGCUGCCAAAAGUAGAGAGGAAUUUAAACAUGAUAGUAAAGAAGAAGACAAUGAUGACGAGGAGAAUUUAGAGAGCAGAACGAACCUAUUUGCCAAGAAGAGAGUAGUGCCCUUGGCCUCAUCUUUACAAGCAAAGAAGAAGCAGAAGAAGCAAUCUUAGAAGUCUGAUAUCUUAUUCUGUGUUUAUCCUUUUAAUUAAAAUCCUAACAGGUCUCUCAGCUCCUCCUCCGUAAGAAGUGGGCUGUAACUUUCAAUAACUAUGCUUCAAAAUACCAUAGAUCUUUAUGUCAUCAAACAUUAGUUAUGGGGAAUGUACGUAAUAGCAAUGUUAUAUUUUUGCUCUAAUUAAUAGCAUUGUUUGAGAGCUUUAUGAGCUUUAGACAUUUUGUUACUUAUGCUUGUGCAUUUUCAUCUGUUAGUGUGCUCUCAAACCCUUUUCAUUAGAGUAUUUAUUACAGAAGUUAUGUUUGGAA